AUGACGAAACUCAAGUUUGCUAUUCUUGACGACUAUCAGGGCAUUGCGCCCCCUUACUUUGCCCAUCUCGAGUCGCACGUCGACAUCUCCAGUUUCCCCGAAACCCUCGACCCCCGCGAUCCGGUAACGCACGAUGCUCUUAUUCAACGGCUGCUUCCCUUCGAUGUGAUCUUAGCAAUGCGCGAGCGAACUCCGUUUGCUGCCAAGACGAUCUCCGCGCUGCCGAAUUUAAAACUCCUCUUGACCACCGGAACCCGGAAUCUCUCGCUAGACCUCGAAGCCUUUGCGUGUGCCAAUGUUCCAGUCGCGGGCACUGAAGGGCGACCCCCUGGUGUCAAUUCGACCGUCCAACAUACCUGGGCCCUGAUUCUAGCGCUUGCUCGGAAUGUGGCACGCGAUGAUGCGGCAGUCAAACGGGGUGAAUGGCAGGGCUCUCUGGGGUUAAAUCUGUCUGAAAAGACCCUCGGACUACUCGGUCUAGGGAAACUCGGAUCUCAGGUAGGAAAGAUUGCAGUGCUUGCCUUUGGGAUGAAAGUGUCCGCCUGGUCAACCAAUUUGACCCAAGAAAAGGCCGAUGAGCAAGCUCAAGCUCAAGGCUUGCCUGCUGGAUCAUUCGUGGUCGCCCCAUCCAAAGCAGAAUUCUUUGCGCAGGCUGAUGUUGUGAGCUUACACAACGUGCUCUCCGACCGAAGCCGCGGCAUCGUCGGGACUGCCGAGUUGGCCAAAAUGCGAUCCACUGCAUUGAUUGUUAACACUGCCCGUGGACCCCUGAUCGACGAGGCGGCCCUCCUCGAGGCUCUGAAUGCAGGUCGCAUUCGUGGCGCGGCACUCGAUGUCUUUGAUCCAGAGCCAUUGCCUCUUGACAGCCCAUGGCGGACAACUCCGUGGGGUCAAGACGGGCGCAGUGAGGUGGUCCUGUCGCCCCACAUGGGAUAUGGGGAAGAAGAACUCCUGCGCGGUUGGUAUCGGGAGACAGCGGAGAAUCUGGAGAGGUGGCUUCAGGGGGAGGAACUGGUACGCAAGAUGAAUUGA